GGGACGCCAAGCACGCCAGGAAGACCUCCUUGGAACGGACAAAGGCAGUUCACUGUGCUGAGUUGAGCAACGAAGGUCAGUUUCGUCCAUUUCCUUGAGGUGCCCAAGUGUGUGGGUUGUCCUUUCUGCUGCGGAGCUCAGCCAACCUCCCUCUCGGAUCUUCUCUGCCACGAGCCCCACCUCUGGACCCAGGAGGUCUGGUUCUUUUCCUGGGCAGCCCCUGAGCCUGGGAUGGGGAAUGGUCGAGCAGCAGGAGGCCAAGUGGGUUUCAAGCAGAAAGAUGUAGAGCCGCAAAUCCACAUGCCGAUUUUGCCAGAGGCUGCCCAGGAGAGAAGGAGCGUCCUCAACUCCCUGAUAUCUGGGGCGUUUGCUGGCGCUGUGGCCAAGACUGCGGUGGCGCCUCUGGACAGGACGAAAAUCAUAUUUCAAGUAUCAUCAAAUCGGUUUUCUGCCAAGGGCACUUACCCCAUUGCCCAGGUUCAUCGCUGGCUCCCUCGCGGGCACGACGGCCGCCAUGUUGACGUACCCCCUGGACCUGGUCCGCGCCCGGAUGGCCGUCACGCCAAAGGAAAUGUACAGCAACAUUGUCCACGUCUUCAUACGGAUAUCCCGGGAGGAAGGGCUGAAGACCCUCUACCGGGGCUUUGCCCCCACCAUCCUGGGGGUGAUUCCAUAUGCUGGGCUGAGCUUCUUCACCUACGAGACGCUGAAGAAGUUUCAUGCAGAGCGCAGCGGCAGGACGCAGCCCUACCCCGUGGAGCGGCUCGUCUUCGGGGCCUGUGCCGGCCUGAUCGGGCAGUCUGCCUCCUACCCGCUGGACGUUGUGCGGCGGCGGAUGCAGACGGCCGGAGUGAUGGGCCACACCUACAGCACCAUUCUACGCACUAUGCGGGACAUCAUCCGGGAGGAAGGACUCGUCCGCGGCCUCUACAAGGGACUCAGCAUGAACUGGGUCAAGGGCCCCAUCGCUGUGGGGAUCAGCUUCACGACCUUCGACCUCACGCAAAUCCUCCUCCGGAAGUGGGAGCAAGGGGUGAACGUGGAGAGGUAGUGGCCGGCCGGUGGCUGGCGGUUGGUACAAAUGUUGGUGGAAAGGUGGGAGGGCAUCCUCUUCCUCCUCCCUCCCUCCCUCCUUCCCUCCCUCCCCGAGCCAGAGGGUUCUCGCGGCAGAGCUGAGUGACCCAGGGCAAUCUCUGUUAGGUCCCCACGACCGCAGCAUCCUGCCCCCUGCUUCCCCGAGCUUGCGUUUGCGAAAGAGAAGCCGCCGUGUCCUUUGCCGGUGUUGUUUUCUUGCUUUCCCUCUCCUUUUCCCACCGAAGUGGUUGAAAUUCCUCUGAAUUCUGCUUGGAUUUGUGGGGAACUGGCAAGGGGUCCUCCCAGAAGGCUGCAGCCAUGCUAUUUACUUGAUUUUGCCUCGUGGUUCUAAACCGUGGCGACCCAGUCCCGUUACAUCUCCUGCCUCUCACUCUCCUGCACCCUUUAUUCUGUAGGGAGACGAACUUACCUGUAUGUUUGAGACGUGGGGUGUGUCUGUCUUGUGGUUUCUGCUCCCUGCGGUCUCCGCCCUCCUUCCAGCAAAUGGUUUGUUUUCCAAGCCCUGGAGAAUGGGGCCCUUCAUCUCCCCCCUCUCCCUACUUUAAAUGCUUUUAAAAUUCUGCCCCAAAACCUCCUGGAAGAGGGCCAGCCGGCCCCAGGGGAGAAAAAACCAAAGACGGGAUUCUUUCCUUUCCUUGGGUUUGUCCAAGGCAGAGAGGCCACGGUGCAAUCUUGAAUUCUCUCGCUGCCGCAAUCUGCGCAGCUCCUGGUUCCAAGAUGGGAUCAGAAGUUUGGGGUGUCGCAGCCUUCUUUCCUCGCUUUUCAGAGACUUUUUAAUGAUCUGUAUUUAGAUAUGCACACCUAUUCCAGAGUUUAAGCUUUGGAAGAUGGCAUGCGGUUCAGCUAACCUUUGCUCCUCCGAAUGGUCUCUGCUUUUUAGCAGGGUUUCCCCCUCCAGUAUUAAGUGUCAAAAGAGGGAAGGAAUAAGGACUCUUGAAGAGGCAUUCCUAGCCCAGAGCAGGAGAUCACAGAAUCA